UGUCCGAAGGACGGCUGCGCUCUGGUGGGGAGGAUGCUGUUAAGGGGGAAGAGGUAGGGUGAGGAGGAAAGUUCCCGAGUCCUUCCAGUGUACGCGGAAUUUGAGUGGUCCGUGAGCUGAUGACUCCGAGAAGCAGCGGAUCUUCGGUUCAAAAGCCAGACGUUUUCUUGGGGUUAGUGUGAAGUGCUGAUGGUGGUCGCAACAGAAAAGAAGUUACUUUGGACUCACUUCCAGGAAUUUCCUUGACGCUGCAUUCGAAACUGGGAAGAAGGCGGUGAGGAUUGGCCUGCAGUGAUUUCAUCGGGAAGUAUCUGUAACUCGACCCCUUCCGGGCCAGCCUGCGAGUGACUGCUCUCCGCGGUGCUGAAAACAGAGCGGCGCCUUGAGGAGGAAACCCGUUGAGGGCAGGACGGUGUUUCUGUUUCCCUUGGCCGUGCUCAGUGUCCUACGCUCCAUGUGUGUGUGAAGGAAGGGCUCAAUUUUUAAAAAAAUCAGUGCUGGACACUCAGGCGGUGAGCAGACAAUCAGUAUGAACUAAAUAAGAUUUAGGAAGGCCAGUGCUUCAUUCCAAGAAGGAAUUUUCAUUCCUGUUUUUUUAUUACAUCAUUACAACUCAAAUUGCAUUCUCCCUUUGGGCAGGCACCUUCAGCUCUUGCACUCAACCAUAUUUGCCUUCAGACUCAGACUUCCAAGUGGUUCGCUAGACCUCUGUCUGUAUUGGCCCAGGCGCUUUCCUCUGCUGAAUUUUACACACAGAAAGCUUACAAAGGCAGCUUUGAUUAAGGAUGACGUCCCUGUUUGCUCAAGAAAUUCGCCUUUCUAAAAGACAUGAAGACAUAGUAUCACAAAGAUUAAUGUUACUUCAACAAAUGGAGAAUAAACUUGGAGAUCAAAACAAGGAAAAGGCCCCUCAGAUGCAAACAACUGAGACUGCUUUACAAAGGAACCUUAGUCUUUUAAAGGAUAUAGAAGCGGCAGAGAAGUCUCUACAGACCCAGAAUCAUCCAGUUCCACCACCUGAGGUGGCUUCUCUUGAGACUCUUUACUGGGCAUCAGUAAAAGAAUAUAUUCCCAAAUGGGAACAGUUUCUUUUAGGAAGAGCACCAUAUCCUAUUGGUGUUGAAAAUCCAAAUGAAGCAGAAGAUACCAUUCAAAAGGAGGUGCAGCAAUAGCUUCUUCACAUACUAUUUCAAAAACCUAUUUAGGAAAGCUGAGUGUUAAAGAAUAUGCAGGUCACUGCAGGAACUUUAGGAAUCAGACAUGUUCACAUUGUCUCAUUACUUCCUCAAUGACAAUGAAGAUUUGAGAAUCUACUUGGAACUUUCAGGCCAUCACUGGGAGACCUACUGCUCUUUCAGUGUAAUGAAUUUGCUUUCUACCAAACCCAUGGAAGUGUUAAAAGCUGAUAAUUGAAAGGUGGACUGUUGAUUAAAUAAGCUGCUGAAUGAGCGUUGUGUGCUGUUAAAAAAAAAAAAAAGUCAUUUACUGUCACUCUCACCUAAACAGUGAAUACCAGUAGUUCUGAUUUUACAUCUUCUAUAAUCUUUACUUUUCAGUUAUUUUGUUAUGGGGAUAAGGCUCAGGAUCCAAGUGGUUGUUUGCUCACUCUUUUAGCUUUUUAACAAAUGAAAAGACAGUGACAAUUGCUUAGUAUAAUAAUAUUGAUCAGGAAAUAGAUUCAUAGGAUUUUGUCCCUCAUAGAUCACUGGACCUGUAAAAAUUCUCGAAGCAAGAACUAAACUACCAAGCAUUCAAUAAGUAGCCAGUUUCAGGAGGGCUCAGACUGGGUUCUGAAAAAGGACACCUAUUAGAGCUGGGAAUGGUCGCUGGAUUUUGACCUGGUUAUUUAAAGAUUGCCAACCCUGUGAACACAAGUAACUCUUCUCUCAUCUUUUCAUCUUUAAAUCUACCCUUCCCUGUUCCUUCUAUUUUCUUUAUUUCUCAAACAACUGUCAGUCAGAAACUUUUGGGUCACAACCCUCAAUAGCUUUGGGAUUCCUCAAUCCACCACUGCUGGAGUGCUCAAGAAAAAAAAUUCUGAUUUUUCUAAUUAUAAAAGCAGCUCCUGCUUAGGAGUCCACAUCACAAUGAAAGAUUUUCAAUUUUAAACUGGUUUGUGGUUUUAUAAGAUGACAAUAGGACAAACUAAAAAAAAAAAAAAAAAAGUCCAUUGUGCUGAUAAGUUCCUUUAAACUACCAUCUUGGAAAUAUCCUGUUGAGUGGGUGUUGGUGUGGGUAACAAUAAUGUUGUUUUCAUAGCAUGUGCUGGCAGAUGAGCACACUUCUCUACAGUGUUAACAGUUGUAAUUAAGGAAUAAACAGCACAGAGUGUCAGUCCGAUGACAAUUUCAUCUAUAGUGUCACAAUACAAAAUGUCACAAAAUAUUAGAACUGUUAUAUAACUAUAAAAAGGAUUGGCUUAAAAGCCAAAAGCCCUUUAAAAAGGAAGACAGAGAAAGAAAGAAAAAAGAAAACUGGCAUAGGGACCAGAACCGUUUUAUACCUUCUCAAGAAUGUUCUGUCACGAAAAUAAAUUGAUAUAUAUAUUUUUUCCUGUUACAUUACAGUUUGGUUUCUAGCCAUCCAGUUGAUUUAGCAGGAGAAUGCAGGGCUUUUUAGCAGCUUUGAAUUGGUAAACAGAUUUAGAUGUAGUAGAGAGAACAUGAGGAAGUUUUUUUUUUUUUUUUUUUUUAACAUCCAAUCUUUCCCAGCAUAUGCACAUAAGAAGGUGAAUGAAGCGAUGUGAAACUUAUUUCUCUUUAGUCAAGUGAAAAAAAGGCUAAACAUUUGUUGAGAUGGUAAAAUAUUGUGUCAAGCAAGUAGGCAUAUUCCAAAAUUAAACAGUGGUUGGUACAUGAGCCGUCCUCAAAUAUUUGAGCAUUACGCUUCCUUUGAGUUCUGUAAAUUAAAGCACCAGUAGGUUAGAUUAAAAUACAAAAUGAAUAGCAAUUUAACCAUCUCAGGAAAGGUUCAGGUUUUUUUCUCCCCUAAAUUGACUAACUUGCUAAAUCUUUUUUUUUUUUUUUUAAACCCUUAAGUUUAAUGUAAACUGGCUUAUGAUUUAGGGCAGAAGGGAAGGUAUUUCUAGGCUUCAGUUGUACCAUUUCCCCCAUUUCUAGUUAGUACCUCAAAAACUCCCAGAGGGGACUUUAUUCCUGGCCCCCCCCAGAGUUUCCCCCCAGCCCCCUUCUUGUAGAAUGGAACAGAUUGCACCACAUGGUGUAUGUUUAAAGAAAAAAACAAUCCCGAAGAGACCUAGAUACCCCAUUAAAGGGCAUUAUAUUCCUCAUGGCAAAUUAGCUUUACGUAGGAAUUUCCAAAUAUUGUUUUCUGUAAGGAGGAGAGAGAUACAGUAUCUAAUAUACAUUUUGUACAUAAUUAGUAGGAAUCAGACAAGGAGAAAGAAAUGUCAUCUACUGAGACUUUUUCCUCCCUAUUCAGGCCCUUACCAUACACUAUAUUGUACCCACUAAUCUUUAUGAAAACUAUGAAUUUGUAUUUUUUUUUUUUUUUAGAAUAACGGGGUUUUCAAAAUAAACCCUGUUCCAAGAAUUUUUCAUAGCCUUUCUUGGAUUGUUGCAAAUGCAUAAAUAUUCAAAGAUCAUUUUCUGCUGAACACUUCUUGUGUAUGAUAUUGAGUAUUAUUAAACCAUAAAAUGCUAAAGUUCAGAAGGAGCUGCAGUUUUUCUCUGAACUUCAAAAAAUUAAUUUUACUAAGUACUCAGGAAAAAGCCUAAUACUCUGGAAACCAGACAUCUGGUCUUUCCCAUGCGCGGGGAGCAGUGUGAAUGAAAGUGAUGUCAAACGGACAGUUUUUCUCUGCCUUAUGUAUAAGGUGUUUUAACUUGCUAGCUUAAGACUUAGAUGAGAAUUAAAAUGAUCUUUAACUGUAUUUACCAUUUUGUCUUCUCUGCCUCAUCCUCCCUUUUCUAUUAAAAAAAAGAGAAAGAUGUAUUGGGUAUAUUUAUUUUUGAUUCAAAAUUAAACUUACUUGGAGGCUAUUUUGUCACUUAGGAGACA